AGCUGCCAACGGAUCCGAGUGUAGAAAAGAAAACGCCGACCCCCCUCCCUAUAAAAAGGAAGUUUCACAUCAGAGUUCUCUCCCUCGUCAAAUUAGAAAGUAAGCCAUCCUUCUGUGUCCUAGCUCCUUUACGUUUUCAUUCUCCGGCACUGCAGUCUGCAAGCUCUUCUGUCGCCACCAUUGAUACUCCUCCAAACAAACAGUAAAUCAGAUAAUGUCGACGGUGGCGGAAUCAACCUGGGCAGAAACAGUAGGUCAUGAGUCGCGUAGAGAUACCACCGCCAGCAACGGCGUUAACAACCAAGACAACUACGAGAUAUUCGUUUCUCUCCUCCCAGCCGGCGGGCCUCCCAAAUCUCUCUCCAGUGACUCCACAUCCUCCCAAAUACUGUUCAACACCCAGGUUGAUCGCAUCUACACCACGACGUCAGCGAAAUCGUCCUCCUCGUCGACAUUGCCCAGGCAGAUAAUGGUGGAAUCUCGCCGGUCCAAGUUCGGAAUCCCUGCCGACGACUCGUUUGGUACCGAGUCUUUGUCCAAGAAGAUGGUUUCGAGGUUGAACAUCCCCUUCCCGUUGGAGAAGAACAUCUACUGGAGAUCAUUACCGUCCUCAUGGAUCAAAGUGGAGGGCAGCGCAGAGUUGAACUCCCACAUCGUUAGAACCGUGGGUCGCAUCAUGACCGGAAUGAAACGUGGUCAUGAAGGGAAGAAUGUAGAGGUGAAGCUGGUGUUGAAUAUUGCAAAGAAGAUCAGAGUUGGAGAGGCAGAGUAUCAACAGAUAUGCAGGGCCCAACAAGAGGGUCAUGCCAUGGAUGACCUGGAGAAGUUUCUAAUCAAAUGCCAGGAUCAUCACGCAGCUUCUACGACUUCACGAGGAGGAGGAGGAUUUGAGAGAAUGUCAGUGGAUGAACUGAAGCAUGUGGCCGAGGAGCACGUGAUGAGAGUUAACAGUGGCGUGCUGAUUUCUGCGUCGGAUCGAGUCUCGAUCAUCGAUGCAGUGGCUCGGAGAGCUUCCCGCGAGUGGGGACGAGCACUGGUUUCCAAGCUCAGCAACGCUCUGGUGAAAGUGGAGACAUCGCCAACUCCAAGUAGUGGUGGAGAGUGCAGCAUCUGCUUAGCUCCCAAAGCGAAUUCAGUGGUGCGGUUGCCUAGUUGUGUGCACACUUUCCACAGGGACUGCCUUCUUCAAUGGCUCAUCCACCACACACCCAACUGCCCUUUAUGUCGCUCCUCUCCUUUGCCAUCUUUCUACCGUCCUUGAGAUUUGUUCAUGUUACUGAUUGAAAUGUAAUAAUAUAGGACUGCUACUGAGUUGAUAAAUGGUGGAUGACAGUGUUCAAAGGAUGAUGUUGUUCAUAAUAAAAAAUUUAAUUUUUUGAAGAAGCGUUUUGGUGAUUUAAAAAUAGUUAGAAAUAGCGCGAUUAUAUGUAAAAUCUUUUUGGUAAAACAUUAAAGUGUAAGCUUUAAA